AUGGCAGACCAAGAGCAAAAAGCGAUUAAUUAUAUCGCUGAGGCGGAGAAGAAAUUAAAAUCAUCCAAAGGGCUGUUUUCAUCCAUGUUUGGGGCAGGGGGAUCAAAGCAAGAGGAAGCCUGUGAAUUGUAUAUCAGGGCAGCAAAUGCUUUUAAGAUGGCGAAGAAAUGGCCACAGGCUGGCAAGGCAUUUGAGGAUGCAGCAGAGCUUCAGUUGGCCAUGGGAAGUAAACAUGAUGCUGCCACAAAUUAUAUUGAUGCAGGAAACUGUUACAGGAAGGCUGACCCAAAUGCUGCUGUUAGUGCAAUUCACAGAGCCAUAGAGAUUUAUACAGACAUGGGGCGAUUUUCAAUUGCUGCCAAACAUCAUAUUACAUUGGCUGAAAUAUAUGAAACUGAAUUGUCAGAUAUUGAAAAGGCAGUCCAAAACUAUGAGCAAGCUGCAGACUAUUAUAAAGGGGAGGAAUCAAACAGUACUCUGCGAACACUAGAAAACUAUGAUAAAGCAAUAGAAAUCUAUGAGCAAGUUGCAACUUCCUGCAUGGACAAUUCUCUUCUAAAGUACAGUGCCAGAGAUCACUUCUUCCGUGCUUCCAUCUGUCACAUGUGCAUGGACAUCAUCAAUGCCCAGGUCGCCAUUAAAAAGUAUGAAGAGAUGUUCCCAGCAUUUGCAGACUCCAGAGAAUGUAAACUUGUUAAGAAACUGCUGCAGGCUGUUGAGGAUGACAACAAAGAGCAGUUCACAGAGUCGCUGAAAGAAUUUGACAGCAUAUCACGCCUGGAGCCAUUCCUCACCACUCUCUUUCUGAGGGUCAAGAAACAGCUCAAUGCAGAACCAGAACUAUGCUAA